AGAAGCAGAAGAAGAAGAAGAAGAAGAAGAAGAAGCAGCAGAAGAAGAGAAUCCUGCUGGAUGCCAGGUUGUUUGAGCACUGCGUCCUCUGUGGGUUUUACAGCUUGUACCUGGCAACUCACACAGAAAGCCACGCCCACAGCUGCUGUCGUCACACUGGGCUCAGGUAGACGGAGCGAAGAUGGCGACAGCCUACGAGAGAUACAAUUUGCACACCACCCCUGAGAAGUUCUUCAUCGAGGCCUGCGAUGAGGGGGCUGAUGCUGUGCUGGCAAUCGACCGGGUCUCAAACGAGAUGACCCUCACAGGAAAGAAAGACCUUCCCUCCUCAACAGUCACCAGACCUAUAUGUGGCAUCAUGGGAACCGUCCGCCUGGUAGCAGGGAUGUACCUGAUAGUCAUCACCAGGAAGAGGAAUGUGGGGAGCUUCCUGGGGCACGCCGUGUGGAAGGCUGUGGAUUUUGACGUGAUCUCUUAUAAGAAGACUAUGCUGCAUCUCUCAGAGAUCCAGACUCAGGAGAAUAAGACGUUCCUGUCCAUGAUAAACAAUGUACUGAUGACGGACGGCUUCUACUUCUGCACUGACUAUGACCUGACACACACUCUGCAGCGGCUGGCCAACACCAGCCCUGACUUCCACGAGAUGAGUCUGCUGGAGAGGGCUGAUCAGAGGUUUGUGUGGAACGGGAACCUUUUGAGAGAGCUGUCUGCACAGCCAGAGCUUCAUAAGUUUGCACUUCCUGUUGUCCAUGGAUUCAUCGUCAUGAAGCCAUGUCGUAUAAACGGGAAGAUCUUUGAAUGGAUCCUCAUAUCCAGGAGGAGCUGCUUCCGGGCCGGCGUCAGAUACUACGUGAGAGGCAUCGACUCUGAAGGCCAUGCUGCCAACUUUGUGGAGACUGAGCAGAUUGUUCUGUAUGAGGGAGCCAGGGCUUCAUUUAUACAGACACGAGGCUCCAUCCCCUUUUACUGGAGUCAGAGGCCCAACUUGAAGUACAAACCCAAACCUGUCAUUGCCAAAACCACUAAUCACAUGGAUGGUUUCCAGAGGCAUUUUGACUCUCAGCUUCUGGUCUAUGGCAAGCAAACAAUUCUGAAUCUGGUGAACCAGAAGGGCUCCGAGAGGCCACUAGAGCAGGCCUUUGCCAAGAUGGUGGCUGACAUGGACAAUGGUAUGCUCAACUACGUAGCCUUUGACUUCCACAAAGAGUGCAGCCACAUGAGGUGGGACCGUCUCCAGAUCUUGGUGGAUAAUGUCGCUGAGACACAAGACCAAUACAGUUACUUCAUGGUGAACCCAGAGGGGAAGACGUUGGCCCAACAGAGUGGACUGUUCCGCAGUAACUGCAUGGACUGCCUGGACAGGACCAACGUCAUCCAGAGCCUGCUGGCCCGACGCUCCCUUCAGUUUCAGCUACAGAGGAUGGGGGUCCUGAAUGUGGGUCAGAGGAUUGAAGAGCAGGCGGAGUUUGAAAAGAUCUACAGGAAUGCAUGGGCCGACAAUGCCAAUGCAUGCGCCGUACAGUACGCCGGAACCGGAGCCCUGAAAACUGACUUCACGAGGACAGGAAAGAGGACCAGGUGGGGGCUCCUGAUGGACGGCUGGAACUCAAUCAUCCGCUACUACAAAAACAACUUUUCUGAUGGAUUCAGACAGGAUUCCAUUGACCUGUUUCUCGGAAACUUUGCUGUCGAUGAGUCUGAUGCCCCCACUCCUCUUCGUGUGCAGAAGGACUGGAAGUUCCUCACGCUGCCCAUCAUUAUGCUAGUGGCAUUUUCCAUGUGCAUCAUCUGUCUUCUCAUGGCCGGGGACACAUGGACGGAGACCCUGGCCUAUGUGCUGUUCUGGGGAGCUGCUAGCGCCAUCACAGCCACCAUCAUUCUUUUCAACGGCCAAGACUUUGUCGACGCCCCCAAACUGGUUCACAAGGAGAAGAUGGACUGAAUGUGUGUGUGUAUGUGUGUGUGUGAGAGAGAGAGCGAGAGAGAGGAGUAUCUGGACCCAGAUUCCUCGUUAUCUUCUUCCUCAGGUCUGGAUUCCAGACUGAUCUGCUGCCUCCAUUAUACCCCCUUUGUCUACAACAUAUUUACCCUCUUCAGUUGUUCUGCACACACUUGUUUACGUUAUAUUCACAUACUGUACCUGAGGUAGGUGUCUCUUGUCUGUUAUUUCAGUGGUACAGAGGCUCUGUGGUUCGCACUUUAGUUUUCUUUAAAAACACUACUUCUCAUUUUUCUAAUCCUUCACUGUCCUCAAAAUGUUAAAUGUAAUAUUGUUACAACGAGCAUUUCUCUGUUGGGCUUCGCUAAAGAUCCCAUACACCCAAAAGGGGUUUUCAUUACGAGCUAGUUAGACGUCCUUCAGGGUGAAGUUUGGUGGAGCUAUGCUGAAAAGGUCAUGUCAUCAAACUCUACAAAAACGAGUAGAAAUGGCGGCGGUUGUAAGAUGUCCCCCCCUAACGGGUCCAGUGAAAUGCGCUCUUACGGAGAGCUUUUUGCCCUUGUAGGCAGAACUAAGCUGAAACUGUAUGAAGUUAAUUGAUUGAACACCUUUUUGUUUGAUGGAGGAUCAGUAGUGUACACAACUUAACAUGUAAUUUGUUGAAAAUGAUAUUAUGUAUGUAAAUGAUGGAGAAUAUGUGCAGGUGGAGUUUUGAAUGUAACAAACCUUACAAACUAGCAAUGAAAUCGAAAUGUGUGGCUCAUCUGGAUUGAGUGGACAACGUCUUCCCAUGACACUAACUAGAGUGGUAUCCAUGAUGAUUUUGGCACUUGCGAGCCAUGCAAUGUGCUGCCUGCUUCCAUUCUCCACAGUCAGCGUCGCUACCCGCUGACUAACCUCAGCUUGCACCUUCAAUUAGGCCAAAGGUUAAAACGGGUCCAGUGCGUGAUGAGGUCUUCCAGUUAAACCCGAACAGUCUCUGCAUUCCCAGUGGAUCAUCAUCCUUUCUGUAUACUCCAACCCUGCUGGAUGCAAAUGUUUCCUUAUGUUCAGGAAUCAUUUUUCACUAGUGUUGCAAACCUCCAUGCGUUUGGUAAUCACCUCAGUGCUGCCAGCAUCCACUGCCUUGGCUCCCCAGCUAAACACCUGCCGAGUGGGAAGUGGACCGAUGAGCAGUUCGUGAGGGAUGCAAAGCAGAGACAGAGAUUUCUUUCCUUAAAGUCAAAUAGACCUUUUGAGGAUGUGAGAAGAUAAUGUCCCCAUUUAUAAUUCUAAUAACUCUGUUUAGUUGAUGGAGGUCUGGAAGCAAGUUGAUUUGUUGUGCUUUAAUGGCCUUUUGUUCUUCUGUGUCCUUGGGUUGAUCCAUGGCAGCAAGCGAUGCGGUCAGCGUCUCCAUUCAGGCACUUCGAAUUCUUCACAUUGUGGCUUUAAUUGUAAUAUCACCUGGAGAUGUAGUGUUGUGAUCAUAUGCUCUUCAGUCUCAUUAUGUUGCUGCUUUAUGGCAUCCAAGUGGGCUUCAUCAGGAAAAGGGCCUACGAACAAUGUUACCGUUCUCAAAUUGAACUUUCUGAUAUCUUUAUAUUGCUAUUUCUGUAACUACCAGUGUUGUACUGUAUCUUGAGAAUACCAGAUAAUUAUGUGGUGGUGAAUUCCAAAUACUUUUUCUUCAAAUGAUCAUUAACAGUGAUUUAAAUUGGCGCAUCAGUAACCACUCCUCAAUCUGGUUUGGUUUCCUCUGAGAGGGUUCGGCUUUGUGUUUCUUUGGUCCAAAUGCAGCCUUCUACUCCUGCCCCUCUGCAGAGAACAAAUCCAAAUGAGUUCCUUUAUUCAAUGUUUAGAAACAUGCUUUUGCUUUGCUUCUUAAGCUUCAGCCUACCAUAGUCUGGUCUCCUGGCCUUCUUAUUCUCUUUAUUAGUUCACAGGCAGCAUGUGUGUGGUUAAUCAUCCCUAAUGUGUUCACAUCAUUCCUGCACUGUGAACAUUAUCUCAUGGUGUUUAGGUGAGUUUUUGAUUGUAUGUUGACUUCGUAAAAUGUUGAUUCAUUCUGAUCUGAACUGUGUAUCGGUGUAGGUCAACGUCCACUUACUCCCCAAAAAUAGCCCGGCACAGAAGUAAAGAACCGAGUGUGAGUAGGAUCCCUUUUGUAGACCGAAGGAUGUGUUUGCAAUAGAACAGUCUAAGAAAGAGCGCUGUGGGAAUAACGUAACUAAUGCACAGAGUUUGUCCAACAGGACGAUAAAGUGUGCAAAGAAGAUCAUACAUGCCCUUAUAAAUAUGAACUGAGGAAAGAAGGUAGUAAGUGGACCUCAGCAGCAUCUCCUGUGGAAUGUGUGCACUGGAGGUAAACUGUCCAUGCAGAUGUGAUACAGUACUGUUUGUGAGUGGAAGUGCUUUGAUUGAACAGCACCUUUUGCUCGGGCAGGUUACCCUACUACCACAAGAUGUGCCCAUGUUUUUUCCUGUAUGUGAUGAUUAAAUCGCUAAUGUGGUUUAUGUACAGUGGGACCAGUUUGUGUGACACAACUUGCUCCACUGAGGUGUACUCUGCGACAUGACUAGCACACUACAACAGUUUCCUUUGAUAUGUGUUGAUUCUUCAUUUAAUGAAAUGAAAUAAAAUAAAAUGCUGGGAACAACUGG